AUGUCCUUUGAAGAACUGAAAGUCGAGUACAGGGGUCAUACUUCUCAAACCUUUGACAGUAAAGCUAGUGGUAUCGAAACAGACGAGAAGAGACUUCCGGGCGUUGACACUCAAUCAGUGCAAGCUAGCCAUGAUUUCAUAGAUGACGAAGAUUAUGACUACAAUGAUCCUAGAAACUACUCCACUUACUACGUUGAUGAAUACAAUCCUCAGGGAUUGAGAAGACCAACGAAACAAGAGGCACUGACCCUCAGGAGAAUCUUAGGUAGAGCAAACUAUGCUUGUUACUUGAUUUGUCUCGUUGAAUUAGCAGAAAGAGCUUCUUACUACUCAGUCACGGGUAUCUUGACUAACUUUAUUCAAAGACCAUUACCUGAAGGCAGUACGACUGGAGCACCAAAGCUGGAUUCAGCUAGUGAGAGUGCCGGUGCUUUAAAUAUGGGCCUAGCUGCCGCAAAUGCUUUGACACUUUUGUUGACAUUCUUAGCUUAUGUUGUUCCCUUAUACGGUGGUUUCGUGGCUGAUACGCAACUUGGAAAGUUUAAGGCUAUCUGGAUUGGUGUUAUUGCAGGGUUAAUAUCACAUAUUUUGCUUGUCAUCGCUGGUAUACCAAGUGUUAUCGCCGGAGGUCAUGCUAUCGUGCCCUGUGCCCUUGGAAUCAUUACAUUAGCUGUAGGUACUGGUUUUAUUAAACCCAACUUGUUACCCCUUCUUAUGGAUCAGUACCCAGAGGACACCGAUGUCGUUAAAGUCCUUCCCUCUGGAGAACCUGUUAUUGUUGACCGUCAAAAAUCUUUAGAGAGAAUGACUUUGGUCUUCUACUGGGCAAUUAACAUUGGUGCUUUUUUUCAAUUGGCCACCUCUUAUAUUGAAAGAAGGAUCGGUUUCUGGUUUGCCUUCUUCAUUCCAAUCAUUGUAUAUCUCAUCAUGCCGUUUGUACUUUGGUACUUACAGAAUAAGCUUGUUAGAGACAAACCUCAAGGGUCAGUCCUCACAACGACCUGGAAGAUCUUAAGAGUAUCUUUCCGUGGAAACUGGAUUAGAAGAUGCAGGAAUGGAACUUUCUGGGAUUACGCCAGACCAAGCUCAAUGAUUGCUAGAGGUGAAGAGUUUUUUGUAUCAAAGAAGAAACUUCCUAUAACAUGGGAUGACCAAUGGGUGUUGGAUAUCAAGCAAACUUUCAAUUCGUGUAAAAUUUUCAUUUAUUUCCCAAUUUUUAAUAUUUGUGACAGUGGUUUAGGCAGUGUUGAAACUUCACAAGCAGGUUCUAUGACCACACAGGGUGUUCCUAAUGAUUUGUUCAACAAUUUCAAUCCAUUAACUAUUAUCGUCUUGAUUCCAAUAUUGGAUUAUGUCAUUUAUCCAACUAUGCGUAAGUACAAGAUUGGCUUCAGACCAGUUUUUAGAAUUUCUCUUGGCUUCUUGAUUGCGGCAGCCUCUCAAGCAGCAGGUGCUAUCAUUCAAAAAAGAAUUUAUGAGACUUCUCCAUGUGGAAAUCAAGCAACAACUUGUGCUGAACCAUCUCCUAUUAGUGCAUGGCAAGAGGUCUCAGUGUACAUUUUAUCAGCUGCUAGUGAGUGUUUUGCCAUGACCACAGCUUACGAACUUGCCUACACGAGAUCCCCCCCACAUAUGAAGGGACUCGUAAUGGCAUUAUUCUUGUUUACUUCUGCUAUUUCAGCUGCGAUCGGGGAGGCUAUUACACCUGUUAUGAAUGAUCCACAUUUGACUUGGGUUUUUGGUUCUAUGGCAAUUAUUGGAGCUGCUGCGGCAUUUGCUUUCUUGUUUCAUUUCUGGAACUUACAUAAGGAAAUGGAAGAAGAGAGAAUUCUUAGAGAGAGUUUGGAUACUACAACAAGAGACGGUCACAAAUUACCAGACGCUGUCAUCGACGAUGAAAAUUUGGAGCCUGUCACUUCAAUCAAAGCAGCCGUGGGCAAAUAG